AUGAUUUAACCUAACUUUGCAAUAUUUCUUUAUCUGAAUUGUAUAAUAAAAGUGUUUGGAGUUAUGGAAGUGAUAUCGUCUUCAUUUUAAGGGAAUACUUUUUCUGAUGCGGAUAAUUGGGUCGUCAGCGGAGCUUCGCCAUAAUUCACAGACUGCAUGGGCACGUUAUUAUUUGUAGGUUACAAUGCUUUUGGAUCAAGGACAACUGUUUCUAAGAUAUUUACACUUCCUCCUCAUUUUAAGAUAAAUUUGUAAUUGUAAUUUUGGAAAAUUGAUUCUUGGGAUAAUGAAAUAGCUUAAGUUUACGUUGAUUAACAGAUUGGGUGGCAGCUAGCAUAAUUUGGAACUCAGGGAACUGACAUAUGUGGGACUGUAAUGGAUGAAUAUAGAGAAAUGAGUUUUAAUUUGAACUUAAUAGUUUAACAUAGUGGUCCUACAGCAAUAGUAGUAGUCACAAGUGUUUUGAACGAAGGGCGUGAUAAUGAAUCUUGGGGAAUGAGAGAUUUUAUUAUUUCGGUUGAGAGAUGCCCAGAUGGAUGUUAAAUUUGCAAAGAAACUGAUACAGAUGUUUAAUUUGGACCUAAUUAAGUAAUGAUGAAAUAUAAUCCGAUGGUUGGAAUACAAUUCCAACAACUCCUGAAGCUACAUAUUGUGGACCUGCUGCUUUAUUUGGUGGUUAUAACAAAAUAGGAGCUGGUACAGUUAUAAGUAGGUCUUUUUCUAAAUAUUCCAUAACAUGCUAGAAUAAAGAUAUAGUUUUUAUGGGUUAAGAUUGAUUCCUGGGAUUCUGAACAUGCCUAUAUGAGACUAGAUGGCACUCUUAUUUGGCAAAAAUAAUUUUUCUUUGAUUAGGGUUAAUUUUGGAAGAUUUGCGGAGAUUCACACGAUGACCAUAGAACACUUUUUACAAGAAUUGAAUUGGAUUUAAAUCAUACUAGCACUCAAUUUGAGAUCUCUUUUACUACAAAUCUAAAUGAAUCACCAGAUGGAGAGUCAUUUGGUAUCAGAGACUUUGUAUUGUUAUAUUCAUAAUGCCCUUAAGGAAAUUAUAAUACUGGCGUUGCUGAAACUGGUUGUUAAUUGUGCUAUAAAUCAUGUUAUCAGUGCAAUGGACCAAAUAUAGAUGACUGUAUUGAUUGUGGAGACCCGAAUAUAUAUUACAAAUAAUUAGUGUCUAAAUAAUGUACAUGCUUAGAUAGGACAAUUGAAAUAACUCAGAAUGAUGGAAGUACAAUAUGCUAACCAUGUCAUCCAAGAUGUGAGAAAUGCUCUAAGCCUUUAGAUAAUACAGCCAAUUAAUAUUGUACAAUGUGUAUAGCGGGGUAAAAUAGAGAUGUUAAUAACCAAUUUAUUUGUGCUUGUAGAGCAGGAUAUGGUGAAGAUGGUAUUUCUGAUGCUUGCUUUAAAUGCCAUUAUACAUGUGAAAAUUGCAAUGGUCCUUUGGCAACUAAUUGCACAGCCUGCUCAUCCUCAUCCUUUCGUAAUCUGAGUUCUGAUUAUCAAUGUUUAUGCAAUAAUUCCUAUAUUGAUACUGGAACUAAUGAUAUGGUCUGUAAAUGUAAGUUAUUUAAUAUCACUAUUUUAUAGACAAUUGUCAUUAUACUUGUUCUAGUUGUAUCUUAUCUACAGAAGAUUAAUGCACAAGUUGUCCCAUUUCAAGGUAAUCAGAUAGAGUAGGAACCACAUUUAAAUGUGGCUGCAAAAAUUCAAAUUAUUAUAGUGAUGGCAAAUCAUUAGAAUGUUAAGCAUGUCAUUUCACUUGCAAUACUUGUAAUGGCAGUUUGGAUAGUAACUGUUUAACUUGCAACUUAACUUAUCGUCAAUAUUCAAUGUUCAAAUGUAUUUGUCCUGAUGGAUAUUAUGAUAUUGGUGUAUUAUAAUGUACCGCUUGCCAUUUUACAUGUCGUACCUGUUAUGGUCCUGCUUAGGAUUAAUGUCUAACAUUCUCAUCCAGUAUAGCAAAAAUAUUUUGGUAAUAAGCAUUGUAGCGAUAACAAUAGAGAAUUUAAGACUAACUUGUGUGCAUGUCUUGAUACUUAUAUGGGAAAAACAGUUGGCGACCCCAUGUGUUACAAAUGCUCAUAUCGUUGUGCUAACUGCAGUGGCACAAUAGACAAUUGUACAGCUUGUCCACUCUACUCUUAUAGGGAUCUAGGAACCAACAAUUCUUGUUCUUGUCCAGACAAAAUGUAUGACCCACCUAAUAAUCCAAUCUGCAUUCCUUGUUAUGUCAAUUGCUUAACAUGUAAUGGAUCUUAAUAAAAUUAAUGCACAUCCUGUUAUACUUAGAUUAUGAGACAAUUGGAUCCUUCAGGGAACUGCGUAUGUAUGAGUACAUACUAUGAUGUUGGAACUCCUGAAUGUCAACGUAUAAAUCAAAAUAAUGCUUAGCAUGCAGUGCUUAUUGUUUGGAUUGUUCAAAUGCUCCUGAUCAUUGUAUAUCUUGUAAAUCAGAUAGAUAUUUACAAGGGAAUGUUUGUAUUUGCUAGACCAAGCUAACUGGAGCUUUUAUCACUAGUUAUGAAGUUGCAGGAAAAGUUGAUUGUCAAAGUUUUAUCAAAUUAAUUUAACAUAAUAGAUUGUCAUUAUUCUUGUUUACAGUGCAGCGGAUCUAAAUAUAAUUAAUGUACCUCAUGCAUGGCUAGUGAUGGUAGAGUUUUUACUAAUUCUACUUGUGUCUGUGGCCCUAAUUAUUUUGAUAUUGGCAAACCUAAAUGCUUAGGAUGCUAUUAUAGUUGCGAAACUUGUGCAGGGUUAGAUACGACAUGUUUAACUUGCUUAUCAAACUCAUUUAGAACUUUAAUCAAUUCAUAAUGUAUUUGCUAAAAAGGAUAUUUUGAUGAUGGAUCUAAUCCUAUAUGUUAAAAAUGCCACUAUUCUUGUUCAGAAUGCAACACCAUUUCUACAAAAUGUAAUGUGUGUCCAUCUGCAUCCAAUAGAGUAUUCAAUGGAACAUUAUUUACUUGUAAUUGCAUUGAUUCUUAUUUUGACAAUGGAACUCAAACUUGUUAAAAAUGUUAUUAUACUUGUCUUACUUGUAAUUCUUUUGGAAGUUAAUUUUGUCAAAGUUGUUUAGACAAGACAACUUCCUUUAGAGUCUAUAAUCAAGGGGCCUGUUUUUGUUUACCUGGAUAUUAUGAUGAUGGAAUCUCUACUAAUUGUAAUAAAUGUUUAAGCUCAUGUUUGACUUGUUUAAACACUGCAGAUAAUUGUACAUCCUGUGAAUCUCCAAGAUAUUUGGAUGGAAGUGCUUGUCCAUGUAGUGUAGGUUAUUUUGUAAAUAAUCUGAGUAAAUGUAGUAAAUGUAAUCAGAAUUGUUUAAAUUGCUCACUCACUUCUACUACUUGUAUUGAAUGUGAUUCAUCAUUAAUGAGAGUUCUGGACUCUGCAACUAAAACAUGUAUUUGCAAACCUGGAGCGACUUAAAUCAAUAGUUUAUGCCAAGAGUGUGAUAUUACUUGUUAAGCUUGUUUAAAUUCAAUCACUUCUUGUACUUCUUGCAAAGUUUUAAGAUAAUUAUCUAACAAUUAAUGCAAAUGUGUAGAUGGUACAUAUGAGAGUGGCUCAGAUAAAUAGUGUUUAUUUUGUGAUUAAACUUGCUUAACAUGUAUCAAUCAAGCCAAUUAUUGUACAACAUGUGCAGUUGAUAAAUUUAGAAUAUUUUCAACAGGAAAUAUUUGUAUAUGCAAAGAUGGAUAUUACGAAGAGCCAAUAUCUUUAGAUUGUAGACCAUGUGACUCAUCUUGUUUAACUUGUAAAGUAUUCCCAACAAAUUGUCUAACAUGUGAUCCUUCGUACAACCUUAGUCUGAAUACUACAGGUAGAUGUCUUUGUUCUUCAGGCUACUUUUUUAACUCUUCCACUUCAACAUGCGCAAUGUGUACUGUUUUGUGUAGAGAAUGUAAGUCAUUGUCCCAAUGCUUAGAGUGUGAAAGUAUUACUAGAUAUUUUGAUCCAGUUAACUUGAAGUGUCCAUGCAAAGAUGGAUAUUAUGAAGUUAAUCAAAAAAAGUGUUCAUGUAAUAAUUUUAGAGUAACCGUAGUAUGCAAUUUCAGUUGUAAGACAUGCUAAAGUUUACCAACUAAUUGCUUAUCAUGUGAGCCAACUAAUUAUAGACUAUUAAACAGCUCUAAUCAAUGCAUUUGUUUAGAUGGUUACUAUGAUAUUGGAAUUGAGUUGUGUUAACCAUGCAAUCCAAUAUGUUAAACAUGUGUAAUGACUUCAACUAAAUGUACUUCAUGUAAUUAAGCCCAAAACUUUAGAUUAUUGAAUCUAAAUUAGUGUGUUUGUUAAAAUGGAUAUUAUGAUAGUGGUUAAUUGGUUUGUCAAAAGUGCUCUAAUUAAUGUCUAACAUGUAAAGGGAGAAGAGAUUUUUGUUUAAGUUGUGAUAUUAAUUAAAAUAGACUUGAUCAAUCUGUUAUUAAUAGAUGUCCUUGUUUAACUGGUUUCUAUUAAGACAUAAAUGAACAAUGUUAAAAAUGCCAUUAUAAAUGUUCAACAUGUAAUUCAUAGAGAGAUAAUUGUGUAACUUGUUUUUAAUCUAGCACUUCCAAUAGAUUGACCAUUUCAUAGAAUUGUAUUUGCAAAGAUGGAUACUAUGAUGAUGGCUUUUAAGUGGAUUGCUUUAAAUGCAGUGCACGCUGUAGAGUUUGUUAGAACUCUUCAAAUAAUUGUCUAUCUUGUUUUGGUAAUUUGAGGGAAGCACCUCCUGCUUGUAGUUGUAAACUUGGUUAUUUUGAAAAUUCUUCUCUCAAUUGUGAAACUUGUGACAAUUAAUGCUAGACUUGUGAUAAAACUUCUUCUAAUUGUUUAACAUGUAAGGAAGGAAGAUCAACUCAACUUUGUAUCUGUGAAGAUGGGUAUUUUGAAGGUGGAUAACCUCUAUGUGAGAAAUGUGCCUUUUAAUGUAAAACAUGCUAAGAAUCCUCAAUAAAUUGUUUAAGUUGUAAAGGAGAUCGUAUUAAAUUUCCUCUUUGUUAAUGUCCAGAUGGAUUUUAUGAUGAUUUCUCGAAUGAAUCUUGUUAGACUUGUUUUUGGUUAUGCAAAACAUGCAACUUAGAUGGAUGUCUAACUUGUAAAGCCAAUAGAGUCUUGUCUCCUGAGAUGUCUUGUGAUUAACCACCCGAUUCUGUGAGUCACCUUGAUACUCCAUGGUGUUCAACUUGUUAAGUUGCUGUCCUCGAUGUUAGAUUCUCUGAUGACUUGUUGUAUAUAUCAGUAAAGUUUGACUUCACCUUGAAUUCAUAAUUUUUCACAACUCAAUUUCAAGAUAAUGUCUGCUUAUAAAUAUUAGAUGAUAAAACAUAUAAAUUACUUGGUAAGAAUCCUAUUUGUGAAAUUGAUCCUAUCGAUGAUACAAUAUUAUAAAUAGGUGUUGGAUAAUAACCAAAAAUUCUUCCAGGAGAUUAAAUCUUUUUUUAAGAAAACUAUUUUGGUCAUUAAGACUGUGAUCAAAGAUUAAAUAUUUUUAUCUUCAAUGAUGUUAAAAGUCCCUUAAACCCUGUAUCUCCAAUUGCAAUAUACGAUUUACCUACUUAUCUUAUAAAUCCUUGUGAUGAUAAUAAUAUAGCCUUGAAAUCCAAAUUGAAUGAUGGACUCAGAGGGUUUAUUGAAAUAAAAUGGACCUACACUGUAAGUGGAACAAAUGGAAAAGGGGACAUUGAAAACUUUGUUAAUUCAUUAACUAAAUUCUAGAUGUUAGAAUUAGUUAUCCCAAUCCAAACUCUACCUAAACAAUCCAAUAUUACUUUCGAAUUGGAAUUUCAAAAUUUUGUUGCCCAAAAGAGUGUACAGCAAAUUAAAUUGGAAACCCAUUCUGGUCAAUUCCCCACUAUCCUUUGGGUUUCUAAGCCUACUUAUUAUACUUUUGAAGCAAUUGUUUUGGAAUUCAAAAUUAAAAAGAAGGCUUGUUCUGAUUUGAAUAAAACUUAAUUUGAUAAUUCUUCAUAUACGCUAUCGAUAGUUGAAGUCCAUAGGAACAAUUCUAAUUCUAGGUCCUCAAGAGUGAACUAUUCUGAAAUCACAAGUGGAAGUAGUUUUAAUGUUACUAUUCCAAAAUAUACUUUGACACCUAUGAUUGCGUACACUUUUGAAUAAACAACUCUUGAUGCAGUACUGAACUUUUCAUCUAAUAGAAACAUUACUAUCGAUAUUAGCUCAGGAGGUAUCCUUUGUUAAUUCAAUGGCACAAAAAAGAUUCAGAAUUAUAGAAAAGAAACCUAAAUAUUCAUAUCAUGUAAAGAUUUAGAUGCAUAAUAUGACUGGAAUGAGGAUUCUAAUAUCGAUAUUGAUGUUCAAUGUCUUGACUUAACUAUGAAUUCUCACUGUACUGAUGUAAAUAAAAAAGAGAUAAAAGUCAACCAUACUGAUACUUUCCAAACCAUUCCCAAAUAAUUAAUAAAGCCAUAUACUAUUUAAUGUUGGACAGUAGUGGCUAAAAAAGGAUUACGAACAUAUAAAUUUAAAUAAAACAUCGUCUUUUUAGAUAAUGAUUUUAAAAUAUUAAAUGUUACCUAUAGUAAAGGGUAUUUAAUGAGACCUGUCAAUAACUAUGAAAAUUUGGAGUUCACUAUUAACAUUCCUUUUCAAGAUAGGCAGUAUCUUGUGGAUUAUUCAUUGGUUAUUAUAUAUAAUUUUGAAGUUAUAAAGAUAUUACAAUCUGAAUACUUUAAAUAAUCAUUUCAUAUAUUUGAUUACUAUCAAGAAUUUACAAAAGGAAACACAAUCAAUUUGAAAUUUUUGGCUUAAUUUAGUAAUGAGAUUAUACCUAGUCAAGAAGAUUUAGUAAUAACUGUUAAUUUACCUCCUACUUGCGUAGUGAGCUUAGGUUCAAAAAUAAUUCAAGCAUUGAAACCUUAAUAGAUUGUUACAAUUUGCGAAUUUUCUGAAACAGCUCCAUUCACAUACUAAUUGAGAUAUUUUCUUAAAAAAUAAGAUUUAACAGAUUAUUUAAGUAGAACAAAUGAUUAUUCGUUAAUCGUGAGUAGUUAUUCAAGUGCAAACAAUAUUGAGGGAUAUUUUCCGUUUUCUAACGGAAUUCUUCUAAUUUAAGCAAUGGAUUCCAAGGGGUCAUACUUAAAUAUUUAAAAAUAGUUAAACGUAACAAAAACUGUGAUAAAUUGUUCCUCUAUAAAUAUAGUUUAAUAUAAUUUAAGAUAUUAAAUUUCAUUAUUAUUGGAAAUUGUAUUGAAUCAUUACGAUUAAUAAAAUUGCGUUAACCUUUCCAAAUAGUUAUAUUAAAAUAUCAAAACUUAUUUGAAUGCUGAGAAUUCUGAUGAUUAAUUACUAGUUUAUCAAACCACAAAAUUAUAUAAAAGAGCAAUACAAGAGAAUAAUAGUUCAACCACUUCUAUGAGAUUAUUAACAGAUAACUCAGAAAAUUGUUUUUAAAAUUCUACAUAAACAUAUUAUUUCAGAAGUACUCGUCCUAAUGCAACAUCAAAUGUCACUCCAUUUAUUUUGCAAGCAGAAUUACUAUAAAUUACAACACUUACUCAAAGUUUGAUAACAAAGUUAACUGAUAUUAAUGAUUAAAUUAGUUUUAAUGAUGUUUUCUUGGAUGAAAAACUUUAUUAAGGCAAAAUAGCAGUUUUAGACUCUUUAAUAGUUGUUCAACUUUUAAUUGACGACAUAUUUCUUAAGAUUCCACAGGCCACCAUUAAAUCUAAUUAAGAUUAAGAAUAGAUUAUUAUUAUAGCAGAGGGAUUAAUAAAUCUUAUUGAAAGGAUUUCAAUUUAUGUUAAUGUUUAGGUCUAAGUAAAUGGCCUUCAAUUAAUUAAUAAUGGUGAAAUUCUAAAAUGGCAAUUAUCCAAAAUUACUAAAGAAAUGUUAAAUAAAUAAUUUAAUAUUGAAAGAGAUCUCUUAGAUGGUUUGAUUGAUUUUGUUCAAAAGGAACAAAUAGAAUUAAGUUAUAACCAUUUGAAUCUAUCUCAAAAAUUACGCACAUAAUUACAAACAUUUUAUAAUUAGACUCUCCUUGAAAUAAAUGAGAAUUCAUACAAAAAAACUAACCUCAAGAAUCAUCUUUAUAAUAAUCGCUAUCUGGAUUACCAAGAUGCAAUUAAAAAAUACUUAAUUGAUAUGUUUUAAACUCCAUACUGCUAAGAACAAGUUCCUGAUGAAAAACUCUAUUCUUUUGAAUGUGUUAAUAUUAAUAAGGAAGGAAAUUUAACUAAAUGUAAUUUGUUAAUUGAGGAAAUUGAUAAUAAAACUGUGUAGGUAUCUUGCAUAUCUGAAGAAUUAGGGAGCAUCUUUUUAGUUUAAUAUCCAAACAACUCAGCCCUAUAAUUAAAUGCCACUCCUAAUAUAGAUAGGGGGGAUGGAAUAGACAAUAGAAAUUUAACGUUGAGUGAAUAACCGAUUUUGCUAUUUUAUGGUAUCUUCAUUGCUUUUACUCUCUUCAUUUAUUUUGAACUAAUCUCAAUUGAAUCGAAAUCUAAAUAAUUGCCAGUUUAAACCAGAAUAGAAUCAGAUAUUAGCAUAGAUGAAGUUUUGAAAUAAACAAAAUCUAAGACAAUUAAUUUCUAUCCAGGGAAUUUUGCUAUUUUCAAAUUAUCCUUCUAAUUUAUUCAUGAGGUGUUAUCCUGCUUCUAUACAGAAAACCAUGCCCUUACAAAAAGCUAUCGGUUUUUAUAGCUAUCAAUAAAAAUAAGUCUUUUCAUUCUAUUUUCAUUUUUUUAAAUAAGUUUGUAGGAUCAUAUUCCAUUAUUUGUUAUCUUAUUCCUAAAUUGCGGAACAUUCUUAUUAAUUAGAAUGACUCUUAAGAUAUUUUAGGCAAUUUACAGAUUUGGUGGGAAAUGGAGUCUUUCUAUAAUAAUCAUAUAUCUAGCGACACAUUUCAUAUGUUAUCUAGAGUUUAUUCUAUUAAUGAAGAGAUGUUAAAGAGACAUUCAAAUAAUCAAUAUUGAAGUUUCCCUUUGUUUUAUAGGCUCAUUAUUGUUAUUUUAUGUAAUUGUGGAGCCAAUUAUGAUCUUCUCAAGAAUAUAUAUUUUUAGACGCAUUGCCUAAUCUAUUAGAAAUUAAACAAUUCAACCUUUAAAUUAACUAAUCUACUUUUUUAUUUAACAUUAAAAAUUAGAUGAACUUUUUCACUAUUACGCCUAAAUCUGA